GAGCAUUUUUAUUUUUGUAGAAAAAUGGCCGGACUAAGCAUGAGGAGUGGAAUUCCUCUGCUGAAGCUGCCUGCUGGAACUAUGGCACCUUCUUCACAGUUUCUAGCUCAAUCCUACUCAUCAGAGGUUAAGGCCCGUGAUAUAAACUUGGCAGCCAUGAAGCGUGGCCGAGGCGGCCGAUCCUCCUUCUCCGGCGAUGUUGUGACAGUUUUCGGUGGUAACGGCUUUAUCGGCCGGGGAGUGGCGAAUCGUCUGGGAAAAAACGGCUCUCAGAUGAUUUUCCCCUACAGAGGAGAUCAUUAUAAGAUGAUGCGAUUAAAGGUAGUAGGAGAUCUAGGACAAGUCCUUUUCUGUCCUUUUGAGCUGAAGGAUGAGGAGUCUAUCAGGAAUGCUGUCAAGCACUCCAAUAUUGUCAUCAACCUUAUUGGUCGAGAUAUGGAGACUCGCAACUUCUCGUAUACCGACGUGAACGUGAACGGUCCUGAGACUAUUGCUAGAAUCUGUAAGGAGAUGGGAGUACAGCGACUAGUUCACAUGUCAUCCAUUAACGCCAGAGCUGAACCUGAGCGUGCCUUCCUGUCUCGUGGAUCUGAAUGGUUGCGGACCAAGUAUGCCGGAGAGCUGGCGGUCAGGGAUCAGUUUCCUGAUGCAACUAUCUUCCGUUGUUCAGAUGUUUACGGACAGCAGGAUAACUUCAUCAACAGGAUUUUCUCCAUACUAACCAGGAAUGGAUUUCAUGGUAUCCCGUUGUAUCUGAAGGGAAACUAUACAGUUAAACAACCUGUACAUAUGUCAGAUGUUGUUACAGGAAUAAUGAAUUCGUUGUAUGAUCCUGAGGCCAUUGGUCAAACAUACGAGGCUGUUGGUCCGGAGAGGAUAACCAUGAAUGAACUUGUACGGUACAUGUACGAGUGUACAAGCCGAACUCCUGAAGCCUGGAAUUUCCAUAUUACAGAACUGAUGCUGGACCCUACUGCCUUUAUUAAGGCUUACAUGACGAGUAAAUCUCCCUUCGGUGGAGUGGAAGCAUUCUACCAGCAGAGCUUGGAUACUCUAGAACGGAUGUCUAUCAGUGAUGAGAGUGAAGGAUAUCCUGAUCUAACUCAUCUAGGAGUUAAGCUUAGCACUUUGCAACAGAGGAUGCCAUGGGAGUUGAAAGCAAGAGAUUUAUUCUCUUAUUAUGAAUAUGAGACAGUGGAGGAGGUUCCAAUCGUCAAACCUCCGAAAAUUCUCAGUUUCCACGAGGAGAGGGAUUUGAAGAACCGCGGAGCUGCCGGACUUCUUAAUAUUAUCCCUGGCAUCAACUAAACAAAAGUUUUGAACGCGAACCCCUCGGACUGGUUCAUGUGUUCUGGAGACAUGUUUUUCAGAGAUAGACCAAUUUGAAUUAACAUAAAAAUACAGUUAUAAUAUAACAAGGGUAUUUUUCCCAUUUUCCUUCCCUGUGUGAGGGGUAGAGUAAAACUUUUUCAAGGAAUUGAUUUUUAUUCAAUUCCUUGAAUCAGACGCUGCUAAAUUCUAGGGGAAAUACUUUGUGUGGGGGGGGGAGGGGUUGUAAAAUUAAACUUCUGGUAAAUUGAAACCCAGUUUAAACCUGUUAAUUUAUUUCCACAUCAAAUUAGUUUUUAUUAAAUUUGACAACAAUUCAGAUUUAACAAAUCUAUACUUUAAAUUUUUCCCCAAAAUAUUUGUUUGUCCCUCCAUCUUGAAUAAAAUGUAUAAAUAUAUAUAUAUAUAUCGUAUAUAGCCCUGCAGUAGGUUGUGAAGUAUCCUUCACCUAGUCCUUGUUACAGA